UCACCGAGUCAAGAAUGCAGACGCAGAUGACUCCCCUCAUUCAUUUUUUUUUUUUGUUUUGUUUAUUUUUUUUAAUUUUCUUUUCCCCAGUUCCUUUUUUGGUUCUCUCAAUCGGGUAGAGUAAAAGAAAAGAGCAGUUUUUUUCCAAGCCCUUUGACCACAAUCAAACCUAAGCAGCUUCUUCAGAUCUGAAAGGCACGCCCUUUCUUCCACAGGCUGAUUCUCUCAUCCACUGUUCAAGAACAGCGUCUGAAAACAUAUUUCCUCUUUCUUCGACUUGUUAGAUGGUCUGUCCAUCCUUAUGAGGACUAAGGAAAACCGACGAGAAAAUCUGGUUUCAACAAUGAUUGGCACAAGUUUCUUGAUUGUUUCCCCAUCCGGAUUGGUUACCUUUUGAUCUUCAGAUACAAAGGAAACUCUGCCUUUAACGUUUACAUUUUUCGAUUUAUCGCACUCCCAGAUAAAUUACAAAUACCAUUCUUGUUCUUUUACCAACAUGGAUUCACAUGACCAUUUCAAGCGUGCCCGUUUGUUCAAAGAACACGAAGAUGGAGAUGCAGAGGCCAUGUAUGCAAUGCCUGGUUCAAACAUCAAAAGCCUGUUCAGUGGAUCUAAAGCUGAAGAAAUGCCAAAAAUUCCUAAAAAGAGAGGGAGGAAGAAGAAGAAUCCUGAUUCUGAAGGGAUAAACUCAUCUACUCCUCAUGGAGAUGACUUGGAGAACCGUUCAAAGUUCUAUGAAAGCGCUUCCGCGAGAAAGAGAACUGUCACUGCAGAAGAAAGAGAUAGGGCCAUCAGUACUGCCAAAGCGUUUGAGCCAGCAAACCCUUUCUUUAGAGUUGUUCUUCGACCAUCAUACCUCUACCGUGGCUGUAUCAUGUAUUUGCCUUCUGGGUUUGCUGAGAAAUACCUUAGCGGGAUAUCUGGAUUCAUCAAACUCCAGCUUGAAGAUAAAGAAUGGCCUGUGCGUUGCCUCUACAAAGCUGGGCGAGCCAAGUUCAGUCGAGGAUGGUAUGAGUUCACUCUCGAGAACAAUCUCUUUGAGGGAGACGUCUGUGUCUUCGAGCUGCUCCAAACCCGGGAUUUUGUGCUGAAAGUCUCGGCCUUUCGGGUCAAUGGGUUCGUGGGGUGAUAUCUUCUUCGAUCCUGCAGGGUUUCGGGUAAAACUUCGUGUUAGGUUCUCUUGAUUUGAAAUGUUUGAUUUCCGGGCAAAUCUAAGUCUAGUUUCUUGGUUUCUGCUUGUGUUAAGUGAGAUUUCGGGUGUCGUUUUUCGAUGUGAAUAAGCAUUGGAACUUCGGGCGGAACUUUGUUUAAGUGGAAGUUUUAGGGGAUGAAUGUAGGUAGGGUUGUAAAUACUUAUCUCCAUCAGUUUGGUAUUGAUGACCAUGACCAUGGCCAUGAUGAUGUGUUUGUUAUU